CUUUGAGAGAUAAAAUAUCGACUUCUUUCUACCUUGCCCUGAUUAAAACUCGAUUAUAGACCUGUCCAAGUAUAGGAUGUGGUCUACGUUUUGGGCCGUCUGGGUCCUAAGUCUUCUCAGUUCUCUGCCUCCCUCGUAUUCCCAAGGGACCAUUCCAUCGACCGACGACUAUACCUGCUCCCUAACGAAAGCCUGCACAAUAGGAUGUUGCGGUAACUCUGGCGUCUGUGGACUAGGACCUGACUUUUGCGGCACCGGAAACUGCACUUCUAGUUGUGAUGCGAAGUCUGAGUGCGACCCUGGCUGGGGAUCGGAACGGAGCACGGCAGAAAAAUGCCCCCUUAAUGUCUGCUGUUCGAAGUAUGGGUUCUGUGGAACUACCUCUGAUUUCUGCGGAAACAAGACCGUCGAGAAACCCUCCUGCAGUGGGAGUUCAGUGGAUGGAAGAUCAAUUGGAUACUAUGAAGGAUGGUCAAUCAGCCGGGUUUGUGAUGCCAUGGUCCCCGAAGCACUCCCCGCUGGUGCUUACACUCAUCUCAACUUUGCGUUUGCCUACAUAAAUCCCGACACAUUCGAGGUGGCCCCUAUGAGCGAGAGCGACAUGGGUCUUUAUUCUCGCUUCACCGGUACCAAAGAGGACAAUACGGGCCUUGAGACAUGGAUAAGCAUCGCAUUUUUCAAAUCCUUGCUGUCAUUCAUGACAACUUAUAGCUUUGAUAAUACUAACAUUGACUGGGAGUAUUCUUAUAUACAAAACUUUAAUAUUGUCACGAUCGAAAAGACCGUCAACUGGUUUAAUAUCAUGAUCUAUAAUCUCUAUGGAACAUGGGAUUCAAUAGAUUUAUAUAUUAGUCUACUUGGCUUUUACAGCCGAAGCUUUAUUUUUACUAAUCUGUCGUGUAUAGUAGCUGGCUGUCUAUUUAACAGUAGUAAUAAUUUAAACUCGGAAAUUCUUAUUAUAAUUACUGAAGGCGGUAUAACUUCAGUUCUUAAUAAGGAUACUGCUGUUAACAUUAUAAUAAUUAAGAUAAAGAAAGAUUAUGCUAAUAGCAAGUGCCUUGGCAGUACUAUAGUAUAA